AUGGCGAUCCCAAUCGGCGAAGACCCGUUCGUCCCACGAGGCAUUGAUUCUGAAGAUGAAGAAACCCUACCCUGCCUCCGAUAUCGCCCACCAUCAAUCCAAGAAUUAUGCAAUCGAACACAUUUUUCGCCUAGAGAAAUUAAAGUUUUAUAUCGAUCCUUCAAACAGAGCAGCCCGAAUGGCGUCAUCCAAUAUUCACAAUUUGAAGAAAUCUAUUGCCAAUUUUUCCCGCAAGGAGAUGCGCGUUAUUAUGCCAAUAUGAUCUUCAAAACCUUCGAUACGGAUGCCAAUGGAAUUAUUUCAUUUGAGGAAUUUGUCAUUGGUCUCUCAAUUAUCUCGCGCGGCACUAAUGAGGAAAAACUACAAUGGAUAUUUUCUCUCUACGAUUUUAAGAAAAAGGGCGUUAUUAGCUAUACAGAGUUGCUGCAGACGGUACAAAGCGUGUAUUGUUUGCUUGGUGCUUUUACCGACCCACCGGUGUGCAAUACGACUAUAUCCAAUCAUGUGAUUCACCUAUUAAAGAAAUUCGAUCCGGAUCGCAACGGACUGAUUACGCGCGAGAGUUUUGUGGCAUCAUGUCUAUUGGAUGAGACGUUGUGUCAAGAGUUGCAAUUAUUUGAUACGAAAUUG